AUGGAUAACCUAUCAGCAGAAGAAGUCCAGCUGCGUGCUCACCAGGUUACUGACGAGUCUCUGGAAAGCACAAGGAGAAUCCUGGGUUUAGCCAUAGAGUCUCAGGAUGCAGGAAUCAAGACCAUCACUAUGCUGGAUGAGCAAGGGGAACAACUAAAUCGCAUAGAAGAAGGCAUGGACCAAAUAAAUAAAGACAUGAGAGAGGCAGAGAAGACUUUAACAGAACUCAACAAGUGUUGUGGCCUCUGCGUCUGCCCUUGUAAUAGGACAAAGAACUUUGAGUCUGGAAAGAACUAUAAGGCAACAUGGGGCGAUGGUGGCGACAACUCACCUAGCAAUGUAGUAUCUAAGCAACCAAGCCGGAUAACAAACGGUCAGCCUCAGCAAACUACAGGAGCAGCCAGUGGUGGAUACAUUAAACGUAUAACUAAUGAUGCCAGAGAAGAUGAGAUGGAGGAGAACCUGACUCAGGUGGGCAGCAUCCUAGGCAACCUAAAGAACAUGGCUCUGGACAUGGGCAACGAGAUUGAUGCGCAAAACCAGCAAAUACAGAAGAUCACAGAAAAGGCUGACACCAACAAGAAUCGUAUUGACAUUGCCAAUACAAGAGCAAAGAAACUCAUUGAUAGUUAA